AUGGUAGGCUGUCUGAAUUGUGAUUUGGCUGAUCCCGGAAAGUAUAGUGUGAAUGGAAUUGGGGAAGUUGACCCACAAACGCGUGAAGAGAAUCUUAAAUCUCUGUAUUUUGGGGAAGUUGACCCACGAACGCGUGAAGAGAAUCUCAAAUCUCUGUAUUCUAUCCAUUCACACUCAAUGGUGUCUCAAAAUGUUGCUGGUUUAUGCACCUUCUUCAUGCUUUGUUCUGUUCUGCUUACUACUGCUCAAUCUGCAGAACCAAGCUUAGAAGCUGAAGUUGAAGCCUUGAAGGCUUUCAAGAAUGCCAUCAAGCAUGAUCCAUUAGGAGCACUUGCUGACUGGAGUGAAGCAAGCCAUCACUGCAACUGGUCUGGUGUUGCCUGUGACCAUUCCUCGAAUCAACUCAUUCAGAUUUCUCUAGAGGGGAUGCAGCUCCAAGGCGAGCUAUCUCCCUUUCUUGGCAACAUUUCAGGCCUCCAGGUUCUUGAUUUAACUUCAAACUCAUUCACAGGGCACAUUCCAACUCAGCUGGGACUUUGCUCCCAGCUGAUCGAACUUGUUCUUUAUAACAAUUCCUUUUCAGGUCUUAUUCCAGUAGAACUAGGAAACCUUAAAAAUUUGCGGUCUCUAGAUUUAGGUGGUAAUCGUUUGAAUGGAAGCAUUCCUGAAAGCAUUUGUGACUGCACCUCCUUGCUACAGUUUAGUGUCGAUUCCAACAAUCUGACUGGCACAAUACCAAAACACAUAGGGAACUUGGUUAACCUGCAACUUUUUGCAGCUUAUGGGAAUAACUUGGUCGGUUCCAUACCUAUUUCCAUCGGAAGGUUGCAGGCUUUGCAGGUUUUAGACCUGAGUCAAAACUACUUGUCUGGGUUAAUACCUCGAGAAAUAGGGAACUUGUUGAGCUUGGAAUUUCUUCUCUUGUUUGAGAACUCCCUUGCUGGGAACAUCCCUUCUGAACUAGGUCGUUGCGAGAAGCUUGUUGAACUUGAAUUGUACAUCAAUCAGUUCAGUGGAGUCAUUCCCCCAGAGCUAGGAAAUUUGAUCUAUUUGGAGAAAUUGCGAUUGUACAAAAAUGGGCUAAAUUCAACCAUUCCGAUCUCCUUGUUCCAGUUGAAAUCCUUAACCCACUUAGGACUAUCAGAGAAUAUGUUAAGUGGAAGAAUAGCUCCUGAAAUAGGAUCUUUGAGGUCAUUGCUGGUGUUGACACUGCAUUCAAACAACUUCACUGGGGAAAUUCCUGCCUCCAUAACAAACCUAUCAAAUUUAACAUACUUGUCUAUGGGCUCCAAUUUCCUCACAGGAGAGAUUCCUUCAAAUAUCGGAAUGCUUUAUAAUCUGAAGAACCUUAGCCUUCCUGACAACCUCCUCGAGGGAUCCAUACCCAUAACUAUCACCAAUUGCACCCAUCUUUUGUAUAUAGACUUAUCUUUUAACAGAAUAACUGGGAAACUUCCACAGGGUUUGGGACAGUUGCAUAACCUAACAACUGUAUCCCUUGGGCCAAACCAAAUUUCAGGGGAAAUACCAGAAGACCUUUAUAAUUGCUCCAAUCUUAUAUUAUUAAGUUUAGCAGAGAACAAUUUUAGUGGAAUGCUAAAACCAGGCAUUGGCAAACUCUACAAUCUCCAGGUUUUGAAAGCUGGGUUCAAUUCAUUUGUAGGGCCAAUCCCACCAGAAAUUGGAAAUUUGACUCAACUUUUCUUUCUAGUACUUUCUGGAAAUAGCUUUUCAGGCCAUAUUCCACCAGAGUUCUCCAAGCUUUCUCUACUCCAAGGGCUUGGCCUGAAUGGCAAUGCUUUAGAAGGUGCAAUACCUGAGAACAUUUUUGAACUGACACGUCUAACUGUUCUACGGCUGGAGCUCAACAGGCUCACAGGUCCGAUUUCAACUUCUGUCUCCAAACUGGAAAUGCUUUCAGUCUUGGACCUCCACGGAAACAUGCUUAAUGGGUCUAUUCCAACAAGUAUGGGACAUCUCAUUCGACUAAUGUCUCUUGAUCUCUCUCACAACCAUCUUACAGGGUCAAUCCCUGGAUCUGUAAUGGCAAAUAUGAAAAGCGCGCAGAUAUUUCUAAAUUUGUCAUACAAUCUCUUAGAUGGUAACAUUCCACGUGAGCUCGGAGGGUUGGAAGCAGUACAAGCCAUUGAUCUUUCAAACAACAAUCUUUCAGGAAUCAUUCCUGAAACACUUGCAGGCUGCAGAAAUUUGUUCUCUCUUGAUCUUUCAGGAAACAAACUCUCUGGUUCAAUCCCAGCUAAAGCUUUUGUUCAAAUGAGCAUGCUUGCACUCUUGAAUCUUUCCAGGAAUGAUUUGAAUGGUCAGAUCCCCGAAACGUUGACAGAACUGAAGCAUCUAAGCACCCUGGACCUUUCUCAAAAUCAGUUGGAGGGCAUAAUUCCUCAUAGCUUUGGCAACGUUUCGAGCUUGAAGCAUCUUAACCUGUCUUUCAAUCAUCUUGAAGGCCGUGUUCCCGAGUCUGGUUUAUUCAAAAGCAUCAGCUCAUCUAGUUUGGUUGGCAACCCUGCUCUCUGUGGAACCAAAUCUUUGAAGUCCUGCAGCAAGAAGAAUUCACAUGCCUUUUCCAAGAAGACAGUAUUGAUCGUCCUUGCACUCGGAGUGGUGUCCGUAUUUUUAGUUCUUGCUCUGGUGAUUGCAAUAUUCGUCCACCGUGCCAAAAAGCGAAAAACAGUAAGGACUGAGAUUACGGAGCCAGAGUUCACUCCAGCAUUGAAACUCAUUCGGUAUGACCGCAAUGAAAUAGAAAAUGCUACAAGUUUCUUCAGUGAAGAUAACAUAAUUGGCGCCAGCAGUUUGAGCACUGUAUACAAGGGCCAAUUGGAAGAUGGCAAGACUAUAGCUGUUAAGCAACUGAAUUUGCAGCAGUUCUCUGCAGAAUCUGACAAGUGCUUCUAUAGAGAAAUCAAAACAUUGAGCCAACUUAGGCAUAGGAAUCUGGUUAAGGUGCUUGGGUAUUCCUGGGAGAGUGCUAAACUGAAGGCUUUAGUUCUGGAAUACAUGCAGAAUGGGAGCUUGGAGAGCAUCAUACAUGACCCUACGGUUGAUCAGUCAAGGUGGACACUGUAUGAGAGAAUCAAUGUUUGUGUUUCAAUUGCAAGCGCUCUAGAGUACUUACAUUUUGGUUACGACUUUCCAGUCGUACACUGUGACUUGAAGCCCUCUAACAUUCUGCUGGAUGGUGACUGGGUGGCUCAUGUGAGCGACUUUGGAACAGCUCGAAUUCUGGGAAUUCAUCUGCAGGAUGGAAGCAGCCUUUCCACAUCGUCAGCUUUUGAAGGCACCAUUGGCUAUUUGGCACCAGAGUUUGCAUACAUGAGGAGAGUGACACCUAAAGUAGAUGUAUUCAGCUUUGGGAUUGUAGUAUUGGAGUUCCUCACGAAACGGAGGCCAACAGGACACGCAGACAAGGAUGGAUUGCCGAUCAGUAUACGUCAACUAGUCGAAAAAGCCCUUGCCAAUGGCAUCGAAGGACUUCUUCAAGUACUGGACCCAUUGAUCACUAUGAAAGUCACCGUGGAGGAAGAAGCAUUGAAGCAGGUCUUUGAAAUAGCCUUGUUGUGCACCAAUCCAAAUCCCGAGGAUAGACCUAACAUGAAUGAGGUGUUGUCUUCCCUUCAGAAGAUAAGUGCAAGAUAA